AUGGAGAGCAGUCUACAAACUUUGAUUGAGUCGGGACAAGAGGAUAAUGAAGAACUUAGGAAUCGAGUUUAUAUUGAUACAAUGGGUCCUGAGACUCAUAAUAAAGUCAGAGGAUAUGGUCAUGGGGUGACUCCUGAUAUGGUGUCCUAUGCAUCUUCUUCAUCUUCUACAUCAAAUUCCUCUAAGAGGUCAUCUAAGAGUUCAAUGGCAGUGCUGAUGACUCAAAAUAAUGAGUUGAGGAUGAGGGAAGAAAAUACUAAUAAAUGGAUGGCGGAUCUAGAGUUACGGUACUCAUUUGGAACAAGGGAAUGUAAGCUUCCUUUGUACGACGUCUCCGCGGUUUAUGAGAACAACGAAUUCAUCAUCUUUGCGACCAUAGGGCUUCCGAACAAUGUCAGCGUUGUGCACCACGUCUGGCAGCAAGGACCCAUGUUCGGGAACACCCCCGGAAUGCACUCGCUUUCCGGACCCAAUGUGCAAUCUUUUGGAACCUUAGAUUUUCUUUCCGGGAAAACUGAAACAAGCAAGGGAAGUACUUCAACGUGCCCCUUAAAAUAUGCGCAUGGUAUUAUCAAUACCAUCAGCUGGGGCAUACUUAUGCCCAUCGGCAUAAUCGUGGCAAGGUAUCUCAAGACGGUUGAAGGGGCCGAUCCGGCAUGGUUUCAUGCUCAUAGAGGAUGCCAAAUGCUGGCUUUUCUUGGAGGGAUUGCAGGGUGGGGAACUGGAAUUUUUCUUGGCUCUAAAUCUCCGGGGAUUCAGUACAAAGGGCAUAGAUGCAUCGGCAUCACUCUGUUUGUCCUUGCCACGAUUCAAGUAGCGGUAGCACUUUGUUUGAGGCCAAAGAAGACAGACGAGAAUAGGAAAUAUUGGAACUGGUUUCAUUGGGUUGUGGGGUAUGGAACAAUCGUCCUAAGCAUCACCAAUAUUUUCAAAGGAUUUGACAUAUUGGAGCCGGCAAACAAGUGGAAAUUUGCUUACAUUGCCAUCAUCGGUACUUUGGGAUGCAUCGCUGCAAUCCUAGAGCUACGAAAACUAGGCUCUUUCCUUUCGAGGUUUAGAAGCAGUCGAGCUGCAGGGCCCGAAAUCGUCGAGAGUACUCAAACAAUAGUGUAA